UAUCGAAUACAUUUUUGUUAUUGCUGCAUUAUGCAGUCAUAAGCUCGUGUAAGAGCGUCAAAGUCAGGAUGAAGAAGAAGGGCGAUGUAGGUCUAAUUUGUUGUUCAAAAAUGCCUUCAUGAUUUGUGGACGUUUGAACGUUUAGACUAAACGAUUCAACAAAUCAACUCUAACGCUCGCGGGACCCGACAGGACAGGGUUUGCGUAUGUAUAGAUUCAAGGGGUGAACGCAACCUUACAGGGACGCACUUUUUGUCUUUUUCGCAGCUUCCUCUGCUGUUGGCUGAUUGUUUAUUGUAGUCAGUUGUUUCACUUGCCACUCGUGGGUCUGUGGGUCAACUUGAACAAAACAUUCUCACACACACACGUUAAAAAAAACGAGAUCAGGUAAAUCGCUACUUCCUCCAGUUACGUGCGACUUUGACAAGGCUGCUUUACUGCCGCCUGCCUAGCUUGCUCCGAUGAAUAUGUAAUUUAUUUAUAGUAUGCGUUACCUUAUUUUUUUUAUUCAGGCACUGGCUACUUGAUUCGAUGCUAUAGGCAGUGCGAGACGGCUUGUCCAGCGCAGCGUCGCUUUUGCCAUUUUUGGCGAUGCAUAAUCCUACGUAACCGCAUACGCUGCCUGUGCCCUCAACCGAGUGAAAAAAACUCGCGGGGUCAAUGCAUCCGGUGGCGGAUGAUCCUAAUAAUAGUCACCAUCACCACCAACGUAAUGUGCGAUUUUGAUCUGCUGUAAGGGCAGGCGAUGGACGCGGGGCCGUCGACUGACUGUCUUCCUUUCCGAGGAUUAGAGCGAUGAAGGUCUAAGGCACCUUCACCAGUUCCGCACGGAACCUAAGCACUAGAUAGAGAGCACUGAUUAGUGCUCGACGCAACUCGCAACGAUUAACUGCAAACCGAAGAUCAACCACAGCGAGAAAAAACACACUCAGCAGAUCCAUAAUGGUGUUAUCAUACUGCAGAUAUAUUGAUAACAUCUAAAUCGCGUCUGAGUGCACGCCACUCUCGCGUAUCAUCACAAACAAACUCAGACCAACCUCGGAGGUCAAUAAUCCGGCAAAACAUCUAAUAUCCGUUGUCGAAAUGAGCCAAAGGUCAACCGGUGCCAGCGGCAGUAAUAAGCAGUCAGUGGUCACUGCUGCUGCUGCUGUUGCUGUUGCUUCGUCUACAGACGCAACAGCAUCAACGACGUCGACGACUGCCAUAGCAAAAAGCACAAGUGGUGGUGGUGGUAGUAAAAUUGCUCCAAUGGUUCUAAAAACUAGUGAAACUGAAACUCUAGCCGGAAGGGAUCGAUUGAAACCAUCAUCAACAGUUCGAGCACUGAACUUUGAUGACGCUGAGCUAGAAAAGAUGAACAGCCCUCCGGGAAGCGCCGAAAAGAAGGAUGAUUCCAAGACGAGAAAAGAAGAUGUGAAUCCUAUGGCGACUGCUAUUACAAAGGAAACCGAUAUCAAAACGAAGAACAUUCCAAAUGUUUCGAAUAAACCGUCCGUGGUGAAGAAGGAAGAAGUCAAGACGCAGACAUCUGCAACUACGACUACUGUUUCAUCGGUAUCGUCCAAGCCGAUAUCUAGUCCUGCCGUUAUUUCAGCUUCCAAACCACCGCACAGUAGUAGCCCGAAGCAGGCCCUGGAUGCAGAGGUUAAACCACAUGGAAGUCCAUCCAAAGGAAGCUUGAAGAAGAUGCACCUACAGUCAAAAGUCGAAGAAACGCCCAAGCCAACGCUGCUCAAGUCAUCAUCUGUUCCGGCAUCUGUCCCAGGUAAUACGAGACCCACUCCAGUUCCCCCACUUCAAAUGCAAUCGAGUACUCAGCUGCCGGCUCCCGUAAAACCAACAGCAGCAGCGUCACCAACUGCUACCGCUGCUCCUGUUGUUCUACGGCCAUCGUCCGGAACUAACCUGCAAAAGUCUGCUUCGUAUCGAAAAUCAUCCUACAAACCACAGCACUCUCAUUCGCUCCGGUACUCCGGUAGCGGCAGUGAUAUCUCCAAUCUAGUUCGCGUUCGUAACUCAACCCUUGGAAACUCGGCUCCAACUCUAUCGAUCACCUCCAAGGAAAAUGGAUUCAGUCAACGCCGAUCGACUUCUUCUUCGGCCGCUCGCAGUGGAGCAGUAGCCCGGCAUCGCCUAAGCUUCGUAGCCAACAUUUCGCCACGAUCUCAUUCGCCCAUUCCUGCUAGUCCCAUCGAUAGCCCUCGGAUCAACUCGCCGAGUAUCAUCCAUUUUCCGUUCGUUCCAAUCAAACGGAUUACCAACAAAAACAGUGAUAGCCGUCGAUGGUCCGUGGCUUCGUUGCCUAGUUCGGGCUACGUAACUACUCCGGGAAGCUCAAACAUCUCUUCGCAAUGUUCCAGUCAAGAAAAGCUGCAUCAAUUUCCUCCGGUACCAACGAAUGACGAUCUGCACAUGCUGUCACUACACUUUUCCAGCAACGAUAGCAAUCCCGGAAUUGACGGCCGCAAUCUGCUUCACCAUCAUGGUUUCCACCAUCUUCAUCAUCAUCAACUCCCGCAUCAACACAGCGGUAACGGCUUCAAUCCACCGGUGUCCCCUCUUGCUCCACAAUAUCAACACUCAAUCCAGCAACCGCUUAGUCUACAAUCGCAUGCGACCCAUUGCAAUAGUCCCCAUUCGGUGAAAUCCUCCGGCAGCUGUAAGGAUGAACUCAACAACUUCUGCGGAUGUCGUUCUCCGAUCCACCGACCACGAUCGCGCAGCUUAAGCAGUCCUUCCCAUUCUCCUAUCACCGACAAUGAGAUAUCCCUGAUGAAUACCUUCUACAAAGAACGAUUCCCCAAAGCCACGCAACAGAUGGAAGAACGUCUGUCACACUUUAUCAACGAGAACAAAAACAUCAUCAACGAUAGCGCACGAAUCUCCCAACCGAUCGUACGUUUCGUUCACCACCAAGUCCUGGAAAUGGCUCGCGAUUGUCUCCACAAGUCUCACGCUAAGCUAAUAACUUCCCGGUACUUUUACGAAAUGAACGAAAACCUCGAACGCCUGCUGCUGGAAACGAAAGAAAAAUCCCCGGAAGCCGCCCCGGAAAUCACCGGUGUGAUCAAGAAACUACUCCUGAUCAUCUCUCGUCCGGCGCGUCUGCUGGAAUGCUUGGAAUUCGAUCCGGAAGAAUUCUACCGCCUGCUGGAAGUAGCCGAAGGCCAGGCAAAGGUUACGCAAGGUAUCAAAGCGGACAUUCCUCAGUACAUUAUCCAGAAGCUGGGUCUUAACCGGGAUCCGAUUGCCGAACUGCAGGAAGAACUAAUCGAACAGGCAUCUCUGAACUCGUCCAUCAGUACCAACUGUGAUUCAUCGGAUAACAACAAUUCGUUUUCGCCUAACCAAUCGUUCGGUGGCAUGGGAUGGCUGAACCGAAGUGGAUCGAUUACUUGCUCCACUCCCAAAGGUUCUGGCUCGUUGAACAAUAGCAUCAAUACAUUAAAUAACAACCAGUCGAGCAAUAUAAAUAGCAACAGUACGGUUGGAACUACCGGUGCGUUAAACAAAAGCUUCAAGGCACGAACGGUCAAUACCGUACCCAGUGAAAAGGAUUACGAUAUGCUCAAGUUGAUCUCGAACGGAGCCUACGGGGCAGUUUACUUGGUGAAGCACAAGCAAACGCGACAGCGAUUUGCCAUGAAGAAGAUCAACAAAAACAGUCUAAUGCUGCGGAAUCAGGUGGAGCAGGUGUUUGCCGAGCGGGACAUUCUCAGCUUUGCUGACAACCCGUUCGUAGUUAGCAUGUACUGUUCGUUCGAAACCAAGAAGCAUCUCUGUUUGGUGAUGGAAUACGUGGAAGGUGGAGAUUGUGCAACGCUCCUGAAAACCAUUGGUCCGUUGCCAUUCGACAUGGCGCGGUUCUACUUUGCGGAAACGGUACUAGCGGUGGAGUAUUUGCAUAGCUACGGAAUUGUGCAUCGGGAUUUGAAGCCGGACAAUUUGCUGAUCACGGCUUUGGGGCAUAUCAAGCUGACGGAUUUCGGUCUCUCCAAGAUGGGAUUGAUGUCGCUGGCUACGAACUUGUACGAGGGAUAUUUGGACAGUGAAACAAGACAGUUUUCGGAUAAACAGGUUUUCGGAACACCAGAGUACAUUGCACCGGAGGUGAUCUUAAGACAGGGAUACGGAAAACCCGUGGACUGGUGGUCCAUGGGAAUCAUUCUAUAUGAAUUUUUGAUUGGCUGUGUACCGUUCUUUGGAGAAACGCCGGAGGAACUGUUUGCCCACACGGUGAACGACGAUAUCGAGUGGCCGAACAACGAUGAUUGGCCGAUUCAGGACGAAACGAAAGACCUAAUAACAGUGCUGCUUCAGCAAAAUCCACGGGAUCGGUUAGGAACAGGUGGUGCUCAUGAGGUGAAGGAACAUUACUACUUCAUUGGGUUGGAUUGGAACAAUCUUCUCCGGCAGAAAGCUGAAUUCGUUCCUCAGUUGGACAAUGAAGAGGAUACAAGUUACUUCGAUACACGAGUCGAUCGUUACAACCACGAAAUAUGUGGUGACGACACGGACGAUAUGGAAGAUUCGCCACUGUUCGGAUCGUUCAGCUCGUAUUCGCCGCAGUACAGAAAACAGCAAGCAGCUACAACCAAUCCACCUUCCACGGUUACGCAAACACAAGAACAGCUGGCUUCCCCACUUCCUGGCUCCAAUCUUCCAUCGUCCCUUGUUAAGGAAAAGCAUCAGCUUCCAUCACUGUUCGAAGACAGUUUCGAUAUAAAUCAACCGAAGCCAAACGACAUCAGCAAGCUCAUCAUUACACCGGAACUGCGCAAGUUCAACAUCAACCCAUCCAAAUACAAGAUGCCAUCGACGCCAGAUUUGGAGUACCUUCCGGAGCUGGCCACACCUGAUCGUGAAGAUUUCAUCAGCCAUUUGAACCUGCGGCCACACGUUCAACAGCCGGUACCCACAACUCCGGAAACCCCGGAAACCAACAAACGGUUCAGUGAUUUCUACCCACUUUCUUCGUUGAAACAGCUUUCAACGCCAGAAUCAUCGCAGACGGAUAGUGACGACGUAUCUCCGCAGAUCCAACGAAAGCGCAAGAUCGUCCACAGCCGAGGAAUCCUGCCAAAGUUCUCGAUAUCGAUCGAAGACGAUCAAAGUGGUCACGAAACGUCCUCUUCGACGCCGUCUCAGGUGAUCAAUUCGUCACCUUCCAGUUCGCUGAAUAACCUGAAUCAAGCGCGCCAUAUCGUGAAAAGUGCUUCGGCAUUGGGACUCUCGCUAAUGACGUCCUCGGAUGAUUCAUCCACAGCGAUAGCGACCAUUGGAGGAGGUGGCGGAGGUCUACACAAUGUUCCGACAACCUCUUCGAAUCUUUCGUCUUCAUCUGGUUGCAGUACCGGCAUAACCUCUACGAUGCAUUCCGCCGGUAACUGCUCGAGCACAGCCAGCUCACGUGAUACUUCUCCCUGUCGGGAACUCAGUCCUCUAGUCACUAAUCUUAAGCCGCCAUUGAUCAUCCGAAGGGGACCGCGAGGUUUCGGUUUCACCGUGCAUACGAUUCGGGUGUACUAUGGAGAUACAGAUUUCUACACGAUGCACCACCUGGUAAUGGCCGUGGACGAAGGAAGUCCCGCGUUCGAAGCAGGACUAAGACCUGCCGAUUUGAUCACGCAUGUCAAUGGGGAAGCGGUGCAAGGUCUCUACCAUACACAGGUGCUACAGUUAUUACUUAGUGGAGCGGAACUGGUCAGUCUACGAGCAACUCCUCUGGAACACACAAGUAUUCAAAGCGGCGGUCGGAAGCGCGAACCGUGGCAGAGUAAGUUUGCGAAGAAGAGCACCCACAGUCGUCGGAAGCAAAAGAAGGAUAACGAAAAGAAACGCAAGACGUCGCUGUUCAGAAGAAUCAGUAGUAAACGUGCCAGUGCCGAAAUGCAGCAAAUGGUGGCUGGGAUACAGUCGCCAACGUCGGUUCCGCCCAGUAGAAGCUUCCAAUCGUUCACCAGAUUCCAAGGCAGUCAACCCAAUCUGGUAGCUGCCGGAAAUGCGAUACCUUCUGCCAUCCAACCGGUGCCUUCGACAUCGUUAACCGCAUCACCCGUCAAUCGGUUAAGCCUUUCGCCACUGAACACGAUCAAUGCGUACCAGCCGUCUCCCGCUUCUUCGCCAAGCACUUCAGCUCCUAGUACUCCAACCGGAACGAUUACCUACAACGAUGGAGCUCCGCUCUAUCAGCGGCCAUCUACAUUGCAUGUUUUGAAACACAAGCUCCAUUCGUCACCUUGUCCCACCACCAAGGGUCUUCACACGACACCAGCUGCAGGCCGACCGAACCGAAGGAAAUCAGCCGACCAUAUGCCACUGUCUCCGCUCGCCAGAACACCUAGUCCAUCGCCGCUACCGGCAUCGCCAACACGUUCCUCUAGCCCGCUAGCAUUUCCGGUCGUCCACCCGCUAGGAUCAUCCAACACUACGCAAUCCUACAGUCCCGGUGGGCUACCGAAUGCAUCUACCGUUGCACCACAACCCGUGCCCGGUAUUGUCACCAUCAGUGGUUCUCCCACCCCGCAAACGAAGAAAGGUUUCCCACGGGCCAAAACAGCCGAACCCAGUUCUCCGCUACUCCGACGGGCACUGUCACCCGAUCGACUUCACCCACGAAGCGCUGAGAGUAAAUGCGUCCUAUCACCCUUGUGCUGCAAUACUCCUCUGAAAACGCCACGUCAGGUUACGGGAAUUUGGCGCUCCAACCAAAACUCCACCAUCACUACGGCCACUUUACCGUCGAAUGCUGGCCCGGUGACUACGGCUCUUGUUGCAUCUUCAAGUGUUGUCCAACCGCAGCAACAGACAGUUACAUCCGCAGCGGCUACGGGUUCAUCGAUCACUUCCACCAACACGGUAGUGUCCAAGACCAUCGUCACAUCAGCGCCCCCGCCAGCAACGAUGACCACCUUACCGUUUGCAUCGACAACAGCUUCUUCCGCUAGUGGUGGUACCAGCCCAUCAAAAUCGAUCAGCUCAUCGCAACAGCAGCAACAGUCACACACUAAACAGCUAGCCAACAUGGUAGACAAGAUGAGUAUAAAGGAAGACGCUCCCUAAAACAAUUAUGCCUGCAUUGUAUUAGGAAUUUCCCAGCAAAAAGAAAAAUACGCUCUGUUAGUAAUGGUUAUGAAUAUCAUAAUAUUUUGUUCAUGCAAUUGUUAGUUCUUUUUUUUUCGUUACUUGAGUAUCGUUAUUUGAGUUGCGAUACACGCAAGAAAAACUUGUUUUAUUUAUUGUACGAAACCGUAGAAUAAGAAGGAAGCACAGGUCGACCAGUUCGAGCACAUCGAACUGUGGUACUAGGAAUAAUCGAAAUUGGAAGCGAAUUGGAAAGUCUAGCUAGCGAAUCACACUGUAGUAAAAGGUCCCACCUGCCCAACAGCACAUUAGACGAAACACUACUGAAGAAGUUGAAUAAAACAUAUUAUUGUGAUGUGUCGUAGCAAAGAGUGUAAAAGUCAAGAAAUGAGGUGGUACAGUAGCAAUAAUUGUAAAAUAGCGUCGCACUGAAUUUUAAAUCUUAGGAUCGUGCUAGAGUUUUCUUUUUUCUUUUUUAUCUUAUUUGAGCAAUCAAACCGAAAAGCAUGCAACCGUUUCGAUUUAGAAAGUUUAAGCAAAAAAAAAAUGUUAGGUAACAAAUACACGCAUGAAAUAAUAUAAUAAUGGAAGGAUUUAAAUUUGUGUGAUAUUUUGAAUUAAAUUAUGUAAGAUGUAAUGCAAGAAAAAAAUACACUACAGUUACACACAGACAUAGCAAAUAGGAAUAAAGGAAAACCAGUUUAAUGUAACGUCAAACAUAGCUUACAAAAGUCUUUAACACGAACAGAAAUCAAUCGCCACUGCGCGGCUUAUACUUUGGAAGCUUGCUGAGCGAAAACAAAAAAAAAAUAUCACGCCUAACUAAUGAAUAGGGGGAAAAUUGAAUGGAUUCGAAGCACUGGAAUGGACGAUUUGGCAAGCGGAUGGGUUCGGGUUUAGAGAUGGAUUGACUUCUAAACAAAUUUUUGUUAACGAUUCAUUGGUUUUCUUGUAAAUUUGCCAUGCUUUCGAUGCAAAUUUAACAUAUUGAAAAUCAUUACUGAAGUUUAGGAACUGGUGGAGGAUAAGAAGGAAAUGGUAGAAGAUAUCUAGUUUGAUCAGUAGGUUAAAGCGGCUGAAUUGAUUUUUGACGGUGAGAUUUUGAACACAAUCAGGAUAAAGUUGUUGAAUUACCUAUCGGGAGUAUUAAAUUCUUCGGUAGACCGUUUUAUUGUGCAUAUAAAUUUGAAAAGAAUCAAUUUCAGAAUUGCUGCGUAUCGUAAAGAGAUUCUCGAAAAUUUUCUUUCAAGAUCGUGAAGGGUUUCCAGAAUAGCACGACGAAUGAAUAGUAUAGUAAUAAUCUUUGAGUAGGCCUUCUUAGUGGAAUCCAUAAAUUUCUAGUGUAAUGCUUCUCAUUUAAGAGAUGAUCUCAUGCGGUUCCUAAAAUAACUAAUAAUCCCAUGUCAUGAAUGUUGCACAAUUUCCAUUCCAAAAUUGUUUUUGUGGUUGACGAUAAUCUCAAGCACGAGUGAGACAUCUGUUUAUACAAGAAAACUUCCAAACCGAAAGGUUCUCCGACCGGAGAUUCUUGGAUUACCUUAUUAAAAUUCUUGAUAGGUGUAGAUUAGAGCUUCCAACUUUGAACCAUUAGGUAUCAUCAAAUGUUUGAUGUUGAUCAAUCGCGAUCGUAAGUGCUAUCUUUCAGUUGCUAGUAUGGGAAAAACCCGAGCUCAUAACGUAGAAUCAUUAUCAACAUUACUCCAUUGACUUUGAGAAAAGCAUUAGAUACUAAUCGGCAUUGAUGCGCUAUUGUGAAUCAACUUUUUACGGCGGGAGAUUGGAAUUUAGAAUCUAGAAUGCUAAAUUGUUUACCCGAAACGUUUCAGCAUAUUAUCUGACUGGAGAUAAAUUGUAGUUCAAAACUCCCCUACACGAUGUUUGGUUUCCAUCCAAUGCUCCAGAAUGCAUUCUGUUUUUACCCAACUUUACCCAACUAAAUGUUGUUCAUCCACUUUCCCCAAGAAUUCAAACCGUUGCCGUUUAACCUCUUGACUUCUAACCCCCAAUCACCACACCAUAAAACACCAGGCUCCAUAGUUCAGCAAAAGACACUCUCGACACUUAAGACAAAACUGUUUCCGCUUUGAAAUCACCUUUUCCCAACCACCUCCUCCCCUAUCCGCAUCGCUCGCUCGCUCGAAACCAGCAGAAUACAGCUUCCGCAAAAACCACCAUGUAGCCACAGAAGCCGCAAGCGGUAGGAAGAGCAGAAAACAACAAUACAGCAAUAAUAAAUCUAUACAAGUUUGAAAUCAAGAAAAAUAGAGCCCCCAAACCACGGAAACGAGAGAUCUCUUUCCAUGAUAUUAACAUAAAUUCACGUGUAUGUACUAUGUAGGUAUCUGCAGAAAUUUUCCAAAAACGCCUGCCACACACCAACAGAGAAUACAUUUUAGAAGGAGCGUGUAGGUUAGAAACAUUCAUCAUUCAUAGAACGUAGAUUGAAAAGCAGGCGAAUUAUGCAAAUUUUAGGGAAGCAUAAAUUUAGUAAUCAUCGUUAUUGCUCCUCCGAAAACUGUAACUCACACACAGGUUAAAAAGAGAGAUUGCUCGGCACAGGCAGAGCGCAGUCGAAUGAAAACGAAGCGUGAUUGUUGCUGACUUCGGGAAAUAAAUACUAAUUACAUUUUCAAAUGCGUAACAGAUAAAUUAGCAUCAUACUCCCCAGAAACAGACUUAACACCAUCCCCCCAGGAAGCCGGAAAAGUAAUAUCUACUCUACUAGCUGUAAGGGUGUCAUACCCCUUUAAAUUUAUUAACUUAUCCCCGCGACUCGCAAACAGCAUCGUUCGCAAAUUGUGCGCAAUUCUACAGGCAGCGGUUCUUCCCCUAAUUUUAUCAAUACGUAGAAUUACGAAUUCGUUGUAAUUGAUUCACCCUCAGCAUCAGUUUCUAGCGUUGAAGGUCUAUUUUGAAUGUGAUUGAAGUUGUGACUGCUACACACGGAAACGGCCCAUUUUCAAAUGCAAUGUGAAACUAUCUAAAAGGCUAAAUAAACUCACUUUGUCGUCCCGUUACGUGAUAAUCCACAUCCAAUUUUGAUUUUUUUCGCGUCGCCUUUUACUCAUCAAGCGGAGAUUUAUUUGGUUGUUUAUGGUCGUGUCCGUCAAUGUUUGUUCUCUGGAUUUUAAUAAUGAUGCGAGCAAACGCAAAAUCGAAAAGAUAAAACGAAUGUGCAAGGUGGCGUAGUGUAGUAGGUUUAAAAAUACUGACAGAAAAUGAUUAUGUAUAUGUGAAGGCACUACACAAUAAGGCAACAGUGGCAGAAAGAGAUUACGAUUCAAAAUCGAAUCACAAGGAAAGCGAUAGUUGGUAAAAGUCAUGCGAAUAUAUCCCUCUGAAAGGAUGGGGGAUAGUUGAAAAGCAAAAAGAAGGAAUAAUAAUGUAUAGGGAAACGAAGAGGUAGGAGAAGAGAGAUAAUGAUAACAGAAUGGCGAGAAAGUGAAAAAGAGAGGUAAAAAAGGUAAUUAUCAUAAACACUUAUCAAUGUUGCUGCAGUGUAAUUGAUACAUAGUGAAAAUGAAGAAAUGUUAAUAAAACAGAAACUGAAAACGUACCCCGUUCGAAAUGAACUAAAAAAAAAA